AUGGAAUGGAUUCCAUAUUCUCAAUUCACAAAUUUAAAAAAAAUAGCGGAAGGAGGAUUUGGCGUUGUUUACCGAGCAAUUAAAAAUCAGAAUGAAAUUGUUGCGUUAAAAAGAAUCAAAGAUUCUCAAAAUAUUUACAGGGAUAUUUCACGAGGACUUCGAGAGAUUCAUGAAAAAAAUGUUAUACAUCGAGAUCUUCAUAGUGGAAAUAUAUUAUUAAAAACUCGUCGAAAUGAUAGAAAAUGGUAUAUUGGAGAUCUAGGAUUGUCACAACCUGUAGACAAUACUCCAUUAAAUAAUGAAAUAUAUGGCGUCAUACCUUACAUUGCACCUGAAAUAUAUAAGGGCGUUAAAUUGAAAUUGAUUCAAUCAACGAAAUUUUAUUCUGAAUUUAUUAAAGAACCUCAUCCAAAAGCAGUGUAUAUGAGGAGAACAUUAAGCAUUAUGACCAAGGAGUCUAAUAAAUCCUCAUCUAGCAGUUCAAUAUUGUCUAAUACAGGUCAAGAAUAUAUUUCAAGAGAUCAAGAGUAUGAUAUAAAUGAUAUUCAAAGGAUUUCUGCAGCUAUAAAUUUUUCAAAAAAGCGAAAUAUAGAUGAAUUGAAAGCUAAAAAUCCAAGCAACCAUGGAAAACGGUACAAAAUUGAUGAUAAUAUAGACCCAAAAUUUAAGGAUUGA